ACGUGGACCACGACCACGACAUCUUUCACUUGUUCAUCAGCGCCUGUGAUUUGACUGAUAGAUUUGACUGAUAGCAGGAGCGACAGUCGCUCCAUUUUCUGCUUAUGUAAAUUCUCUACUGACGCUAACUGAAAUAACGGAUGACAUCAUACACUCAAACACGUGGUACUGCUCAGAAAACGCACCCGGACCCGUCUGUAUGUGAAUGUCAUUCAUUGUACACGGAGCUUUCGGUUGUUCAUCGCCUGUCCCUUUACUCAACUCCACGUGCUUUGUUACGCAGCAAUACCAUUGCGUCACUCACGUCGGAGAUUGGUGCAUUCCUAUUGGCCUCUGUAGAUGUCGCUCAGCAGCAGAGAUUCCCAGCUCCCACAUGAAACUAACGGGUGCGUUAACGGAGUAUAAGUUUAACACAGGAGACAAACCGGUCAGUGUCCAACAGAUUACAAGAACACUGCAGAACAGCGCCACCUCAAGAAUUUCAGUCUUUUCCUUUUCAGGCCAAGCUGUAGUAUUACGUAAGAGGUGAGGACCGGAUUGAGUUGUUUUGCUGCUAUCUUGCUGCAUGGGCAAACUAUAUCCUGCACACUGAAGUAAAGGAGAAACGCUUGAGUAUCUACAGGAAGAACGGCUCAUGCUACAUCAUGGGGCAGCAGAACAUAAACUGAGGAAAGUACGGUUCACUUUUUUCUGCAUUCAUGAGAAAAUGCAUCAGAUGCCUGGCAAUGAUUGGUUAUUGUCAUUGUGCUUGACUGGGUAGAAAUUAUGCCACAUAUGCCAUGGCCAAUUUUGCUUUCAUGGAGUCUUAUGGAUGGCUGUGGCAUCAUUUUAUUCACAAUGUCCAGACAUAAGGGUGACUGCUUUCUUGUGCCAUUAGGGAGCCUCCUCCCUCCUAAUACAUAUAAAGACUUAUUUGUAAAACCCGAUAUGUAGUUUUGUGCUUUUAUUAAAUAACUGCAGGGGGUAAUGCAUGUGUGAAGGGGUUGAAGUCUUUCUGCAGGGGUAAGAAUGUGUGAAGGGAUUGAAGGUUUGUGUCUGUCAGAAGCUGGCUCACGAUCAUGUGGAUACGAGAUUCAAAUUUUGUUGACAUUAUAGACUCCACUCUGCCUCUCUUUUUGCCUUCAGUACCCAUAAUGCCCAAGGAGCUGAGUUGUGUGGGUAGGUGUGCUGACCUUCCUGGCAGUAAAAAGGCCAAGGACAAAAGCAACUGCGCCUCCCUGUUGUCCAGAACAAAGGUUCACACAGCGCAGGUCAUGGAUGGACGGAGUUCUCGCUGCAGUUCUGAGAAAGACUCUGGAUACUCGGAUGCUGGAUCUGACUAUCAACAGACAGAUGUAGAUGAUCAACACAGUACUGUGACUGAGCUCAAAGGCUAUAAACCUCAGAGUACAGCAGAUCAGGGGAGCCACAACCUGGUAUCGGGUCAAACUGAGUUCACUCCCAUGUUUAUCAUCAAAAAUGUAGUUUUAAAACAGACAGGACAGUCAAGACAGAAUCAGGUUUUCCGGGCAUUGUGGGGAUCUGAGGGCACUAAUGCUCAAAGUAAUCUUCUGUUGCUGCAGCAGUCAGGCAUAACCACGGUCUCUCCACUCCAUGUUCUUACACCACAGCUACAAAGCGCUAAGAGCAAGAACAAAAAGGGCAAAAACACCUACCUUCCCAUCCUUAACUCGUAUCCCAGGAUUGCUCCUAAUCUGAGCAAAGAAAAAACAGAAAACGCCCCAGAGGGUUGUUUAGAGGAGCACAGUGUAAGGAAGAGAGUGUGCACUGAAGAAACAAAAGAAGUAUCUAUCACUACCCAAGUGUCUGAGAAGCAUUUAAACAAGCAGCUGCAGAGCCACUUGAACUCUCACACCCAUUCUGUCUUGCAUUCACCCUCAGCCAAUACUGAUGUAGCACAGAGGAGUUCAGAACCUCCAGGACUAAAGAUCAUGAGCACAUCACAAGCCUUCACAAGUCUUAACUCUGUUUCCAGUUCAAAUCCCACUUCAUCAUUUCCAUUUUCAUCUUCUUGUUCUGAACCUGCAGCACUUUUGCUCAACAACAAUAAGGUCCCAGAUGCUUCCAUUGGCUUGACUCGGCACCGCCGCUUCCUUAACACAGUGGAGAUACUGAGUCAGUCAGGACUGCUGGACAUUACACUAAGAACACAGGAGUUGCUCCGCCAGAGUGCUGCUACAGAGCAAAAUAUUGCUCAGCUGCGUCAACAUACACAUCUGCUGUGCCAGGCUGUCAAUGCAGGUUCCAACAUGCCCAAUUUCGAGAAAAUACACAAGGUUAUGGUUGAAUCUGGUUGCUAUCCAAAUCUCAGAAGCUUGCUUUUUAUGGGCAGUGAUGAUGGAGAGCUGGAGGCUGACAUCAGCUCCAGAAUUGAUGCUAUGAUCACCUACAGAUGUGGGAUUAAUGGCUCCAGAGAAGCACCUCCCACUCCUCUUCUCACUACUGAGCCAGUCAGGGAAGGCAGAGCAGGUCAGGAGGACUCAACAUUUGGUAUGGAAUGGUCAAGGGCCUAUGGGAAGCACCCUCCUCACAAAAAGAUACUUGUACCUCUAGAGAGCUUAACUUGUGCGGUGGCUGCUGUAGAAACUUACACAGAAUAACACAGUCCCUGAGUCUAGAAGUGUAAGUAAAAACACAAAUUCAUACACCCAUGGAGUGCUCGUGAGUCAGUGAGUGCUGACCUUCACCAUGGAGAAACAUUUUUGUGUGACAUGUUUUAGCAAUGGUUUAAUUUGUAAACCAAACAACCUUGAUGACAAACAUUACUUUUGUCUUUUCACAGUUUAUGGUAUCUCAGGGUUUUCACAGUUACUGCAUUUCAAUUAUUUUUAAUAAUUUUCAGUUCAGUUUGUUUCCAGAUUGUAAUGCCUAUACAUCUAUUUAUUGGAAUCAUUUCUUUCCUUUGACAUAAAAUAAUACACUCAAGCCUGGACUGGCUAUGGGGAGACUCGGAAAUUCCUGUGGAUUGGCCAGUCUUGUGACUGAAAUUUUCCUGUUCACUAACUGGAAAAUGCUGUAUUUCUUAGAAAUUAUGUUCUGUCCAUAUAGUUAAAUUCAAACAUAAUGUUUAGGCUGUAUUAAGUGCAAAAAAUAACUUUUACUAAAACAGAAGGCAUUUCAACAAGGCUGCAAAUAUGUAAAUUAUAGAUAGUUUAGAAUAAAAGCUGAAAGUAGUAGCCAAAGUUGAUGAUCAGUGACUUUUAGCUAUUUAGCAGUUAGCUUGCUCAGAAGGUAGGCUGACAGUUUACAAUCAGCCAAGAACACAAGGCAAACAGAAAGAAAAAGAUAGUUCUCUGUUUUCAGGCGCUUUUUGCUGACAAUUUCUGAAGAGUAGUUAUUUAUGUUACUGGACAUUCUUGCAAUAGUUUGUACCAUUUCUUUUGACCUUUCAUCAUCAGUGCAUUUUUAUUCACACUAGUAAUGGGUUUUUUUUUUUUUUUUUUUUUCUUUCCAGUGGUGAUAAUUUUCUUUUAUGUUAUGUUUUGAUCCAUGCUAAUAAUAAUCUGUGCUGAUACAUAACCUGCUGUGCAUGUGAUUUGUUUUUUUUUGUGGUUGUAAUAUUUCAGUUCUAAAGUUAUUUUCUUCAAUUAUGAACAAUCAUAUGUGAUUAUAAAAGUCUUAGUAUGAUUGGUGUUUUAUAUGGUCAUGUAUUUUGUUCUAUAAAUUCCUAAGCUUCUUUUCUCUA